CUUGACGGCCGCAGUUGAAUACAUGGACGGAUGGGAACCCUCGGUUUCAGAACACACUUACUCUGAUGUCAAGAUCACACUGUCCAGCCCUGAUAAGACGUUCCUCAAGCCUUUCUCCAAUGAGGACUGUGACGUUCAGAAUGUUGUUCCUUCAGCAAAUGGAGCAGUUUGGCGCAUCGGAAGCAUUUUUAUGAAGUCCGUUGCAGCUGGUGGCAAAUAGGACCGGCCCAAGACAGCAAUGAACCUAUUUCAUGUCUGAUGAGACUCUCGGAUCACUUCACUUCUCGCAAUCGUCAUAUGCAUGAUACUAGCUGGUCUAGCAUGUCUCACACCAAUGACC